GAACCUCAAAUCCGACGACAACAUCUUUGGGCAAUAAUCAAUUUUGAAGUCAUAGCCAGACAAGCUACAUGCGACGGCAAUUGACAGCAUGUCGGGCGUCGAGGUACUUGGAAUCGUGUUGGGCGUUCUGCCCCUCAUCAUCUCUGCGGCUGAAGACUACAAGAAAGGCUUCGAGCCUUUGGUGAGGUGGAAGAAGUUCAGAUUUGUGUUUCGUGAAUUCAUUACCUCGGUCGACAUACAACGGCAAAUGUUCCACCUUGUCCUGAAGAGGCUGUUGAUCAGAGUGCCGCUGCCGCCUGAGGAGAAGCAGAAAUUGUCGACGGUGCCAAAUUACCAAGGCUGGAGCCAGCCAGCCACGGUUGAUGCGAUGAAAGUACGAUUAGGAGACUCGUACAAAGCCUGCAUGGAGAUAUUGAGGGCAAUGAAAGAGGACAUGCAAGAGUUGCAGACAAUGAUGAGUCUAAAGGACGGUAGUGUCGACUGGGCUCAUCCCGGAGAAAAGCAAUGGAAAUACCAAGCAAAAAGAAUACAAUUGAGCUUCAGUGAGAAAGGCACACGGACUGUUCAGUCACUAGAGAAAAAGAUCUCGGAUCUGAACAACCUCCUCAGCCUUCUGGAUAGCACAGACGACGAGAGCGGUACGAAAGGUGUUUCGAGGGAUACAACAUGGGCGAAACUCUUUGAGUGCAUUCGGCGCCACGCCAUAAACCUUCAUUAUGCUAUCAAGCUUGGAUGGAAAUGCAGUUGCGAAGGAACUCAUUUGGCAGGACUCCAGCUACAGAAACGGGCGGUCAACGAAUCUGGCGCACGCUUCACCAUGACGUUUGGUGCUUCAGGUCUUCCAGGGACCCAAAAACAGAAAAGAGUACUAGUUGUUCUAGAAGAAUCGAGAACUGGCCAGGUUGUUCCUCCGAAAAGCUUGAAUGGCUCCGCUGCUGCAGUUUCAUACCUCGAUACAUUAAGAGUAGAUUUCGAUUCGAGGUCCUCUUCGCAAUCAGUCACCAUCACAAAUUCAGUGCAUGCAAGGCCCGCUUUCACCUCUUCUUCAUCGUCGAUGUCUUCUCGGCUCACCAGUUUCGGAUCGAUCUUUUCAAAAAGUGAUUCUAGCUUAACUAUCUCAAGUAUCUCGACGUCGACGGCGAGUAGAACAGAAGUCCUUGUGCAAAGCGAGCAGUCGUUAAAAACGCCAAAUCUUGCUCUUCGGCCAAAGGCUAAGAAAGGCAUCAGUUUCGCAAUGGAUUUGCCUGCAGAAGCCAAAGAUCCUGGGAGCGGGCCAACAUCAACACCAUCUAAUCAACAUGUGUCAUUUCCAGACACACCAUCAGUGCCAGAAGAGACAAGCGCAGAAGUCGAAAUCGGUGACUUAUGCUCUACUCUGAGAGACCUUGACCCCAAAGCGACGAAACUAGGAUACCUCUCCGAUCAUGAGAAGAGAAUGCAUGAAAUAACUUGCCUCACAGAAGCAGUAAUAGAUUCUGCAAACUUGGAUCUCAUCAGCCUCGAGGAGCUACUCGCGAAAGACGGACAUAUCAGAUUGACCAGACAAAAGCGGUACAAAGUUGCUUGCAUCCUGGCAUCAUCACUCUUACAACUCGAGACUACUCCUUGGCUGAGAGGCAGCCUGGACAAGGAGAAAAUCCUCUUCUACCACAACGGGACAGAGGUCAUGGUAGAUCAGCCUUACCUCAGCCAUUCUUUCCCUUCGACCAAGGCUACACAUUGUCCAUCAGGAGAAACGACAACUGAAACCCAGAAUAUCAAUUCUCCGCGCGCAAGUCUCAGCAGCCUCGGCAUCCUCUUACUAGAACUUUGUUGGGGCCAAACGAUAGAGAGCCAGACCAACCUACGGAAUAAACACCUUUCAUCAGACGGGAAAGCUAUUGGAGGAACUGAUUAUCUGACAGCGAUUGACUGGUUAGACACGGUUGAUGAGGAAGAACCAAGGAUGGGUCCUAUCAUUAAGUGGUGUAUAUUUUGUUUGUACGAAGGUAAGCCGAAUUGGGCAGACUCGAAUUUUACCCAGGCUGUGUAUACAAAUGUGGUGAGACCGUUGGAGAUGCUAGUUGUUCAGGCUUGACUGGUGAUGGAGGGGUAUUGUAGAGAAAGCUAUAUAAUGCGAAGAAACGACGGAGCUUUUGGGCUAUGUUACCACCUUCAGCAGAAGAGACUUUCUUGCAUGUCUCUAGUAAGCUAAUCACUCACAUAAAAAGAAAGCCAUUCCAAGUUGGG